UUCCCAUAUAUAUUGAAUGGCGAAAAACGUACCAAACGUGGGGAUCGGUCGUGGUCUGGGCAUCGGGAUCGGUACGUUCGGCAUAAACGACACACACGUCCCGCACGUCCCCGUCUGUCAUCCAUCCCAGUCGACAGAAGUGAUUAUAUUGGCGUCUAUUGCGGGGGUCGGGUGUCUCACAAAUGUAUUGCUCAUGUUAUUAGUGAUCAUUAGGAAGCCUUUCAAGAGAUAUCAUAGAAGUUGGUCACAGGGAUUACUACUACAUCAGGGACUGGUAGACUUGGGUCGGGCGCUACUUGUCAUCCCGUUAGCUGUCAGCGUAAUGCUGUGUCAACGGCUGUCUCGGUGUUCAAUCAUCGACUCAGCCUUCCUAUUGCUGGUGACGGUGUCCACCGUUAAUAUGCUCACCUGUCUCAUCAAUGACGCCCCCAUUUUCCCUGAACACGAACAACUGGGUCGAGUCCUGGGUGCCGAGCACAUGCAGCCGGUAAAUAUACUU